AGAGAGAGAGAGAGAGAGUGAGAGAGAGAGAGAGAGAGAGAGAGAGAGAGAGAGCAGGGUUUUUUUAAAAACCGGACAUCUCUGCUGUGAGGAUCUCGGCUGUGCUGGCAGGAUCCUCUCGCCUCUUUGGGAAGGAUGAGCUCAUGCAGCAGCAGGGCUCUCACUCUGCUCUCCACCGUGUUUGGGGCGUGCGGACUGCUGUUGGUUGGGGUUGCCGUGGCAACCGAUUAUUGGCUGCUAAUGGAGGAGGGCAUUGUGCUGCAGCAGAACCAAACCAUCGACGUCAAGAUGGCGCUGCACUCCGGCCUCUGGAGGGUGUGCUUCAUAGCAGGUUCAGAGAAAGGAAAAUGCGUGGCUUCUGAGUAUUUCACUGAGCCAGAGGUAGAGAUCACAACAGAAAACACGGCAAAUAUUCUCAAAAUGGUGCGGACAGCUACUCCUUUCCCCAUGGUGUCUUUGCUCUUUGUGUUCACUGCCUUCAUCCUUAGCAACGUGGGCCAUAUUCGCCCGCAGCGCACCAUCUUGGCAUUUGUUUCCGGAAUCUUCUUCAUCCUGUCAGGUCUGAGUCUGGUGGUGGGAUUAGUGCUCUAUAUCUCCAGUAUAAACGAUGAGGUGAUGAACAGACCUAGAGAACCGGAGCACUUCUUUAACUAUCACUACGGCUGGUCCUUUGCGUUUGCUGCCAGCUCUUUCCUCCUCAAAGAGGGUGCAGGCGUGAUGUCUGUGUAUCUCUUCAUGAAGCGUUACACCGAGGAGGAGAUGUAUCGGCCUCACCCAGCGCUCUACCGCCCCCGUCUGUCUGAGAGCAGCGAUUACAGCGGUCAAUUCCUGCAGCCUGAUGCUUGGCCACCUCACCAGCGUGCUCGCAGUGCCUCUGAGCUCUCCAGCGAUGUGUCCAUUCAGCUAGCACAGACCCAGCAGCCUCCAGCAAAGCUCAUUGCCCAGCACAGCGUGUCAGCCCCCAGUGCCACCGCUGCCUCCAGCCCGGAGUCUGCGGCUGCAUUCCAGCUUCAGUCACCCUCACACUUUAGCCACAACCACCCUCUCCACCCCACAGAGUCCCAGCCCCUGCCCCUGUCCAUGCCACCGCCUGCCGUGCCACCCCCUCAUUACCACACACACAUGCGCAUGAGCGCCUCACCAUGUUAGAGGGGUUUCCAUCCACUUGAAUUUUUACAAAUUUUGAAUUUAGCAUAAAUGGAAACAAAACACUGAUUCGCAUUUUCUGUUGCUGAUUUUCUGAAAAUUUGCUUAACAUUUGCGAAACAUUUGGAUGGAAACAGAGAGAGAGAGAGAGAGAGAGAUUAUCAACAGUGUGUCAUGCUUUGAGAGAGUGUAAAGAAUUUUGAGAGUAGUGUGAAAUAAGCUAGGUUAAGACUUAUCUUAAAAAACAAAAAAUGUUAAGAUAUGAGCG